UGUACACUAGAGAAAACGCUCCUCAUUUGGAUAAAACAGCACCUCCUGUCCUCUGUCCUCUCCUCUUCAGCUAACAGCAGGAUUUCAGUAUAUAAGGAUUUGCUUAUAAGGAAUGGGUUUUGAGACAAGGGGAAAUACUAAGGCUGAUCCGGACAUCUCGGGGUUAAUAUGGACAUUUCGUGCACUUCAGUGAUCAUCUCUGAACCUUGUCUUCAUCACUGCGCACAGACGCGCACACCGCGGCGGUGUCUCCGUGUCCUCAGCGGCGCUCUCGUGAUGGAUGUCUGGCUGUUCCACCAGGUAUGAAGCAGCAACAUGGACGUAGACGCUUGGGUUGCUCUCACCGAGAACACUACAGGGAGGUCCCCGGGCUCACCGAGCCUCUCCCCGUGGUUCGUGAACUCCAGCUCGGCGGUGAGCUUGUGGAGAGACGCGGACCAGCCGGAACAGAGAGCGUACCGAGACUUCGCCAUCACUGCUCAGCUCCUCAUCCUCGCUGGCUCUCUGUUAGGCAAUGCGGCCGUGCUGUGGUGUACCUGCUGCACCAACGUCUUCAAGACAGUCACGGGACGCUUCAUUAAGAACUUGGCCUGCUCGGGGAUCUGCGCCAGCCUGGUGUGUGUGCCGUUCGACGUUCUCCUGAACGCCAGCCCUCGCUGCUGCCUCUGGAUGCACACACCAGUGCUCUGUCGAACCAUCAAGUUCCUGCACAGGCUCUUCUGUUCCGUCACUGUGCUCAGCUUCGCUGCCAUCGCUCUGGACAGGUACUACUCUGUUCUGUAUCCACUAGAGAGAAAAAUGUCAGACGCCAAAUCCAGGGACUUGAUUAUAUAUGUCUGGGUUCAUGCCCUUGUGGCUAGUGUUCCUGUCUUUGCUGUGAGUAAUGUCACCGACAUCUACGCCACCUCCACCUGCUCUGAAGGCUACUCGUUAGGUCACCUUGUUUACAUGGUGCUCUACAACGUGACCACUGUGAUCUUACCCCUAGUGGCUGUGUUUGUAGUCAUGGCGCUGAUCCGGCGUGCACUGACCACCAGUCAGAAGAAAAAGGUGAUCAUCGCGGCACUGCGGACGCCGCAAAGCAGCGUCUCUAUCCCAUACGUGUCUCAGCGUGAAGCUGAGCUUCACGCAACGUUGCUAGCGAUUGUCCUGGCCUUUGUGCUCUGCAGCGCACCAUACAUUGUGCUGCUGGCGUACCAGGCACUUCAAAUCAAUGGCCAGGCCUCACGGUGGCUCCACCUCACUGCCAUCUGGCUGCCAAAAAUGUCUCUACUCACCAACCCGCUGUUUUUAGUCAUGGUGAACCGGUCAGCACGGCGGCGCCUGCUGGACGCAUUGGCACACGUUCAGCGUCGCUACAGCCGCAGGAACAACUCGAUUGGCGUGGGAACAGCACCCGAGGCUGGAGUGCUUGGAGGGGAAGCGCUCGUCCGCUCAGGAAGCCAGCUGCUUGAAAUGUUCAACAUUGGCCAGCGCCAGAUUUUUAGGUCAAACGAAGAGGAGGACGAAGAAGACGGGAACGAAAUUGCAGCAGUAGCCAAUUUCCAGUCCAGACCUGACAGGACUUCAGUAGGAGCCUCGGUCGGAAUAGCAGGAGAAGGAGGAAUGGAAGAAGGUUCAGCUGUGCCAAAACAUUCCCCUGUUCAAUACUGUGCAUACUCAUCCUCACAGGUGGCUCCUGCCACACCUACUGACCCCGAAGAUGCCUCCCAGUUCGGGUUUGGUCCAUUUGAGCUGCCUCCUCAGUGGCUUCCUGAAACUAGAAACAGCAAGAAAAGACUGUUGCCUCCAUUGGGUAACACUCCAGAGGAGCUGAUCCAAACCAAACAGUCCAGAGCGCGGCCCGAGAGGCGCAUUAGCAGGAACAACAAAGUCAGCACCUUCCCCACUGUGGACCCCUGAGACCACCAGGUCCAGAUCUAAACAAAAUAUCAAGUAAUAAAAUUAAGUGGUUUUUUAAUAUUCCAAAAUGACAAUCUUUGCCAGCAGAAUCAUUUGACUAUGUUGUACGUACUUAGACAUUAGCUUAAUCUCAGGCUCCAGAAAACUGUUAAGGGAAAGAGUUGGUCUUUCAGAGAAAUAAGAAAAUUUGUAAGGAAUUGUAUAGAAUUACAUUGAGUUAUUUGGAAAUAAAAAUGACCUGAAAAUGGUUGCGUUGC